CAGCGGAAGUAAACAAUACAAACGCCAGCGUUAGCUGCAUGUAUUAAAUUCACUAGAAGUCUUUAUUGUAAUCGUAGUACCGCUAAUUAUUUAAUUUGUAAUUAAGCAACAAUGUCUUCAGUUGAGUGUUUGAGAGAGUUUGUCAACGAGCGACUAACUGCUGCUGCUGAAGAAAUAUUCGGAGUUUUUAUAAAAACUAUCGUCGAGUACGAAGAAGAGAUCGAUCGUCAGCGCAGACUGCUGGAUAUCGUUUGGAAACCCGAAAUAAAGUUACACAGGAUAGAGCUCCCACAGCAACAUGUCUGGAAGGAGGAGGAGGUUCUGGCUGACCAGCAGCUCUGUAUUCAGGAGAGGAACUCCAGUCUGGACCAAGAGGACCCAGAGCCUCCACAGAUUAAAGAGGAACAGGAGGAACUCUGUACCAGUCAGGAGGGAGAGCAGCUUGUACUGAAGCAGGAGACUGAUACCUUUAUGUUGACUCCUACUUAUGAGGAAAGAGACCACAGUGAAGCAGAACUGAAAAGUGACCACCAGCUCCUCUCUCACAGCUGUCAUGUAGCUGAGAGCCAAGAUCAGAAAGGAGGCGAGCAUGAAGACUCAGGAUCAACUAGAGAUGCAGAGCCAGAACAAAAGAAUCAAGAUCACAAAAGCAGAAGCCACAGAAACAAUGUAAACAAGUCUACCAUGUCAGAGGUUCACCAUAAUCCUCACACAGAGCUCCCACAGCAACAUGUCUGGAAGGAGGAGGAGGUUCUGGCUGACCAGCAGCUCUGUAUUCAGGAGAGGAACUCCAGUCUGGACCAAGAGGACCCAGAGCCUCCACAGAUUAAAGAGGAACAGGAGGAACUCUGUACCAGUCAGGAGGGAGAGCAGCUUGUACUGAAGCAGGAGACUGAUACCUUUAUGUUGACUCCUACUUAUGAGGAAAGAGACCACAGUGAAGCAGAACUGAAAAGUGACCACCAGCUCCUCUCUCACAGCUGUCAUGUAGCUGAGAGCCAAGAUCAGAAAGGAGGCGAGCAUGAAGACGCAGGAUCAACUAGAGACGCAGAGCCAGAACAAAAGAAUCAAGAUCACAAAAGCAGAAGCCACAGAAACAAUGUAAACAACUCUACCAUGUCAGAGGUCACCAUAAUCCUCACACAGAGCUCCCACAGCAACAUGUCUGGAAGGAGGAGGAGGUUCUGGCUGACCAGCAGCUCUGUAUUCAGGAGAGGAACUCCAGUCUGGACCAAGAGGACCCAGAGCCUCCACAGAUUAAAGAGGAACAGGAGGAACUCUGUACCAGUCAGGAGGGAGAGCAGCUUGUACUGAAGCAGGAGACUGAUACCUUUAUGUUGACUCCUACUUAUGAGGAAAGAGACCACAGUGAAGCAGAACUGAAAAGUGACCACCAGCUCCUCUCUCACAAAAACUCUUUCAAAUGUGACACAUGUGUAAAAGACUUCAACUAUGUGUCAAUAUUGCAGACACAUAUGAGAAUUCACACAGAUGAGAAGCCAUAUUCUUGCAGCAGCUGUGGAAAAAGAUUGAGUAACACAUCAGAUUUGAAU